AUGAAGCGCCUUUAUCUGAGCAGCCUGCUCUGCCUGUGCCUGUGGCUGGGCUCGUUCGGCGUCGGCUGCGAAACGCUCUAUGGCCUGCACACGGACGAGCUGAUGGCGGGCGAGGGGCAGCUGGUGGUGCCGCGGCGUGUGCACGCCGACGGCGCGUUCAUGACGCACAGCCUCCGCUAUGCCCACCAGCGGGAUCAUCGACGGCAGCGUCGCAGCGUUGAGGCACAGCCGGAGCUGCAUUUCCAGCUGCCGCUGCGCGACGAGACGCUGCAUCUGGAGCUGACACCGCACAGCUACUUUCUGGCGCCGCAGCUAAUUGUGGAGCGACAUCGUCGCGAUCUGCGCACACGUGCGCCGCCGCCGGCGCAUCAGCUCAAUUGCCAUUUUCAUGGCAAGGUGCGCGGCCAGCCCUCGGCCAACGUGGCCAUAUCCACCUGCUCCGGUCUGGUGGGUCACAUUAAGACGGCCAGCAAUGAGUAUUACAUAGAGCCCUCGAAGCAGCAUGCAGCGCAUCCAAUCAACGGGCAUCCGCACGUGGUCUUCCAGCGCUCCUCGGUGAAGCCCAAGCAGAAGGCGGAUACGCACUGGCGUCACAAGCACAAGCGCAAGCGCAAGGAGCAGCGCCACAAGGCUCAGCAGCGCGGCAAUCACAGCCAGAGUCAGAGCCAGAGCUCGAGUCUGGUUAGCAAUUGUGGCACACGGGAGCCGCGGCGUCGCAUGGAGACGCGUCUGGAGUGGCAGGCGCGUGGCAAGUUUAAAAUACAGGGCGGACGCAAAGUGCGACGCCAUCAUCAUCAUCAGCUCCAGCAGCAGGAGCAGCAGCAGCAGCAUCUUUUCCAUCAUCAUCAUUAUCAACAUCAGCUGCAUUCUCAUCGGCGCCUGCAAAAGCAUCCGCACACGAAAUUCAAAUACGAUACACAGCCGGUUGCGUCGCAUAUGGAGCGCAGCCGUCGCUCGAUCAGCAGUCCGCGGCACGUGGAGACACUCAUUGUGGCGGAUGCGACAAUGUCCGCAUUUCACAAGGACGUCGUCAGCUAUCUGCUGACCAUUAUGAAUAUGGUGUCCGCCCUGUACAAGGAUCCCAGCAUUGGCAAUGCCAUCGAGAUUGUUGUGGUGCGCAUCAUACAGCUGCAGGAGAACGAUACGGAACCGGAGCUGAAUCUCACGCAGAAUGCCCAAAAGAAUCUGGAUCGCUUUUGCAGCUGGCAGCACAAGCUGAACACGCUCAACGAGAAGGAUCCGCAUCAUCACGAUGUCGCCAUACUGAUAACACGCAAAAAUAUUUGCGGCAACAAUUGCAUGACUUUGGGACUGGCCAAUGUGGGCGGCAUGUGCAAGCCGAAGCAAUCGUGCAGCGUCAACGAGGACAACGGCAUCAUGCUCUCCCACACAAUCACGCACGAACUGGGCCACAACUUUGGCAUGUUCCACGACACGGCCAAGAUAGGCUGCCAUCCGCGAGUGGGCUCCAUUGUGCACAUCAUGACGCCCACGUUUGGAGCGGAUACGCUGCAGGUUUGCUGGUCAAACUGCAGCCGGAAAUACAUAACCCACUUCCUGGACCAGGGACUGGGCGAAUGCCUGAACGAUUCGCCGACUCCGCCGGACGAGUACAACUAUCCGGAGGUGCUGCCGGGCGAGCGGUACAAUGCCAAGCGUCAGUGCCGCAUGCAGUUCAAUCUGACCACGGACAGCGAUGUGGGCGCCUGCUCCGCGCCGCACGAGUUCUGCUCGACGCUGUGGUGUCGCGUGAACGGCGAGUGCGUGACCAAUAUGCGCCCGACGGCCCCGGGCACCGCCUGCGGCAAGAACAAAUGGUGCCAGAAUGGCAAAUGCGUGCGCAUGGAGGAGCUGACGCCCAUACACGGCGGCUGGGGCAAUUGGAGCGAUUGGAGCGAAUGCUCGCGCAGCUGCGGCGGCGGCGUUUCCAUACAGCAGCGCGAAUGCGACUCACCGGUGCCGGCCAAUGGCGGCGUCUUCUGCAUCGGGGAGCGCAAGCGCUACAAGAUCUGCCGCAAGAAGCCCUGUCCGGAGCACGAGCCCAGCUUCCGGGCGCAGCAGUGUGCACGCUAUGACAAUGUCAGCUACCAGGGUGCCACCUACAAGUGGCUGCCCUUCUUCGACAAGAACAAUCCGUGUCGCCUGUUCUGCAGCGAUGUGGACGACACGAUAAUCGCCAACUGGGGUGAAACGGUGCUCGACGGUACGCCCUGCACGCUGGGCACGAACAACAUGUGCAUCGAUGGCAUCUGCAAGAAAGUUGGUUGCGAUUGGAUCGUUGACUCGGACAUGCAGGACGAUCGUUGCGGUGUCUGCGGCGGUGCUGGUGAUCAAUGCAAGCCCAUAAAGGAGAUCUACAGUGAGCCCUUCAAUGUGAGCGAUGGCGUCUAUGUACAGAUCGUUAACAUACCGGCACGGGCGCGUCGCAUACUGAUCAAGGAGCUGGCCAAUUCGCCGCACUUUCUUGCCAUCGGACGGGCGCAGGGCGAGAAGUUCUAUUUGAAUGGCGACAGUCUGAUCUCCAUGCCCGGCGAACUGGAGAUCGCCGGCGCCGAGAGCCUCUACGAUCGGCUGGACGAGCGGGAGACCAUCAAAAUACCUCAGCCCAUACAGCAUGCCAUCGCGCUCUACGCGAUCGUGCGCAGCAAUGAGAGCAACACGGGCAUCUACUAUGAGUUCACGCUGCCCGCCUUCAAUGUGACCAACGGACGGCAGCAUCAGUGGCGAUUGAGCAACUGGACCGCCUGCUCCGCCAGCUGCGGCGGCGGUGUGCAGCAUCGCGAGCCCAUCUGUCAGGAGAAUGGCAAGCUGCUCGGCGACACGCUGCCCUGCUGGACGCACGCCAAGAACCGGCGACCCCUGAGGCAGACACGCGCCUGCGGCGAGCAGCAGUGCCCGGCGCACUGGUGGCCGGGUCCCUGGCAGUUCUGUCCGCUCACCUGCCGGCAGCCGGGCGCACCUAUGCCGCAGCGACGGCGCUCCAUUGUCUGUCUCGAUCAGCAUGAUGUUGUUGUCGCGGAUGUCCAGUGCGGAUUGCUGACCAGGCCGCCCGAAACCGAGCCCUGCGAGUCAACGCUGCCCGAGUGCCGGCUCAAGCAGUGAGCGAGCUUUAGGAACCGGAGCCGGAACUGGAA